UAUGCCCUGGAUUACACAUAAAUUGUUUUUGUAUUAAAUGAUACUUUUUCAUGCAAAGAAAACAAAAAAAAAUUCUCCAAGAAGUUUGAUAAUGUUAGGUUUUGUGUGAGGCUGCUUUGUGAACUACAGCUCUUCGCCGUUCUCGACGCGAAUGAUAUACGUCACCACCCGCACUUGGAACUCCGGUACAAACAUGGUGACCUCUCUGCUCCACUUCACCGCUUUUUUCCAAGGGGAGGAUAAAAGCAUCGAAAGAGGUGAAAACCAUUAUUAGUCGGGGCAUCUGGAGAGUUUCAGUUUCGCCGAUGGGGAAAUUGUCGGUCUUGUCCGCGCCAUUCGCAGGGAGCGUGACGUCACGAGACGUGUAGUCAUAUUCAUUGUGUUCUCUCUACAGCCUUUAACUGAACAAUUGCACAAUAAACGGUCAAACUCUUGACACGAAAAAUUAUCAUUUAAAUCCACAAAAAAUAUAUCUGUAAUCCGGGGCAUAUAAAGACUGGGACCAGAAGAUAAUUACUUUCUCUCCAUUGAAACCAUGGGCUCUACCGGAAAGGGCUUGACCUCACCACUCAAUACCCAGGUGCAUACCUUCGAGCAACAAUUAUCUUGUCCAGAUCUAAAUAAAGCUACUGUAGGCCACAUCGGUUCUAGGAAUGAAAGUCUCCAGCGUCCGUGUCAUAUGCUCUCUGGGGCCUGUCGCUCAUGCAGUCUUCCGGUAGCUCAGGAACAUUCCCUGCACGGGCUCAUGUCGCCAUUCCAAGAAAUCUGCCACGCAAAACCCGUCACUAAUGGCAGUGAAUAACAGGACUCCUACAGCAGCCCCCCAGACAGAGCAGUACCGGGACUGGGUGCAGAACAGUACCGGGACUUGGUGCAGACCAGGACCAGCAGAUGUUGGUGUUCUCCGAGCCGCUUGGCGCCUCGUGGUAUGAACCAUGACCGGUCUGCGCAGUAAUGAAGAUCGAUCUCUGGGACAUAGUUCACCCCAAAGCUCUCUUACAGAAACCCAGUCUGAAAUCAGAACGAAAAACACUACUGCCCGGUAGGUCAAGUGCCUACCGGGAGGAAAUGGCACGAAAAAGACGUUGCAUUGGCCGGGAAUCGUACCCGGGCCUCCCGUGCGGGAGCCGAAAAUGGUUAAGCUUAACUUCCUUAACUUUCCCCAUUCAUUCUCAAUGGUAGUUCUUAACAGUACGGAUGUAAUAUAUUUCCUGCCACUGGUGGACAUUUGGCGCUGUCCCGAGUUUCCGUUAUUUAGGUUAGGUUAUUACAAUGGUCUUACCUGUCAACAACACUUAUCGCGGACCUUCAUAUAGGAUAGGCCUACACUUUUUAGCUGGAUGGUAAAACGCGACGCUGCUUCAAAACUGAAAUGCCUUUGCACCCCUUAAAUUGUGUGCAGCUCCUGCAACUCACAGACACAAAGUAGUGUUUAUUUCAGCCAGCAUGAAAGUAAGGGUUAUUUUCACGGGAAAGGUCAAGGUUUCUUUCCGGAGAGGGCCGACUGGGUAUUUGAGGCAAGACCCAUCAGUCGAGGCUAAGAGGAUAAAAGACCACCCUGACCUCCAGGACAAGUCAGCGGCCCAGAAUGAAGACCGGGUGAAAGACAAUGCCAGGUCUGUCGUAUUCAUGAGAGGGGGCGAUAUAUCAGACAAGCAGGAGGUGCUUGGGGAGUAUGUCCUGCAGUUUGGGAAAUACAAGGGAAAGUUAUUCCGGUGGCUUGCAGAGAAUGAUGUAGGGUACGUAAUAUACCUCAUCAAGAAGGUCAGGGAGGAGGAGAGAGCAGGCCAGUUUAAGCCAGAUGGUCCCAAGAAGGACAGCUUGUUGUCACUCCUGCAGUACAGCUACAGCUUCCAGGAGAUCAAGGACCUGCUGCUGUAUCUGGACAGUCAGGUAGUAACACCACCAGCUAAGGAUGACGAGGAUAACCUAGUUGGUUUUGGGGUUCACACGAAGAGGACGUGGAGGGAUGUUUGGAAGCGGAGAGACGAUGGAUUUUCUGCGUUUAUCCUGCGACAGCAGUGUACGCCAGGCAGCAAAAUGUUUAGGCUCCAGGACUACCUGAAGAGGCAGAGUGCUUCUGAGGGACGUGCUUCCUCUGGGCAUGCAACAUCGGCCUCUCAUUGCCCAGCUUUCACAGAAAUGGAGGAUGAUGAUGAGUUGGAGAGGAUGAUGCUCUCUAUAUCCCCAUCCAAACUCCAAGUGGAGGAAGGAGUUGAGGAAUGGGAGAGAAAGAUGCCAGCCACACCUAUUCCAGGCCAUCUUGGUUCCCAAGUUGUCGGAGUCCCUGUGGUCAAAAGGUUUUAUUCUUACUACAUGACUACUGAUUGUCCGGACAUGAAUUCGGAUGAUCUGUUCUACGUUUAUUUGUUGGUUAAGCCACGUUCUGGCCUGUUUGUUACGCCAUGUUCCGGCCUCUUUUAAUGCCUCGUAGUAUGAAUACACACAGAGAUGAUAAUACUAAUAAUUUUUUUCUCUGUCCCCUAUUCUUCUUCCUCUCCCUCCACUACUCUCCAUUACUCCAGCAUCCUCUGCCCUGUCUAGAGUACCUGCUCUGUCUACGGCAUCCAGGUCCUCUUCCGCCCUUCCUGCAGCACCUGCUCUGUCGGCGUCGUCGAGGUCGUCUACAGCACCCUCAACAUCAUAUCCACCUCCUGCAGCACCCUCGGCACCAUGUUCACCUGAUCCACCACUCGGUACGACCAGGAUGUGAUUCGUUGGAACUGCUCUCACCAUCAGAGAAUCUGGAUGAAGACUGAGAUGGAGGCCUUGGGGCUUUGGCCAGGUUCUCGACCGGUGAGACAUCCAAUGAACAUGAUCUCCUUGUGGCGUUACCCACCUCAGCCUGAGCUAAUUGACAGUGUUUACGAACUACCAUCGCCCAACUACUUCCAGCUCCAUCCAUUUUUUAUAUGGAAGCCAGAGCACACCAUAAUGGAGCGAGUGAAGAACAAUUACACUCUGCCCUGUCUCUAUGGCUGUGGAAGUCCUUUCAUUGUGUCAUCAGGGGUUGGGCGACCCCGUGUAAUUAUUGGCUUGAGUGGCCAGUAUUAUAUCCUGGCGUCACGGCUCUGUUGCAAAGGAUGCAACAAGUUCUGGCACGCAGACAAGCCUCAAUGGUUGGACAUGUUGCCGAGCCGAUUCACCAAGAUUACCUUCAAAAAGGCAAUUUGUAAGACUGUGAUGGAUGAGCUGCGGCGCUCUGGAAAGUCUCCAAAUGACAUGGCCAACCAGUUAAAUGAGGCUCUCCACCUGAAGUAUGAGCGGGCACAUUUGGCAUACCUGGAAAGUGUGAAGAACGUGCUGGAUGGAGAGAGUGGACUGUAUGGACAGCGAACCAUCACAGGGGCAAUGAGAGCAACAUCAACUCCUGCUCCAUUUGGUGGGUAUGCGGAUGGGUGGAACGGAGUGACGUUAUCGGGGCAUUACUUGGUCGAGUGCCUUAUUCAGGAGUUCCACAGACAGGAAGACACCCUUGUUCUCCUCCUCCAAGGCACAUUUGGUCAGGCCUUGAGAGCUGACCACACCAGGAAGGUGGCUCGGAAAGUGGUUCUUGCCUCAGGCACCAUGUCAUCAUAUGCUGUGAUGAAUGAAAAUUGGAUGAUCCUGUCCUGGGUCAUGCUUCAGACAGAGGGGGACAGAUCCUUGGAACCCAUGUACGAGGGGCUGUCCUGCCGUUACACCUCCGCAGACAUCCCCAAAGCCAAAUACCAAUGGGUUGACAGGGACUGCUGUGCAGCCUUCAGGGUCGCAAAGUCUGGUCCCCAGGAGCACCUCCUCUGGGACUGCUGGAGAACCACAGAUGAUUUAGUGGCUGAGGCAACUUCAGGGCCCCUCAACAACACCUGUGCAUCCCGCAGCAAGUUCAACAGCGACAUUGACAUCAAGCUGGACCUGUUUCAUUGCAUGCGCCGCCUCUCCAGAGAGUGUGUGUCAGAGCACCAUCCACUGCACAGUCCUUUCUGCAGCUUUCACUAUCGUGGACCAGACAGACCUGGAGAAACUUAAACAGGCAUACGUCUUCUGUGGUAUUGUGCCUGCUAAUCCCACCAAACAGCACACCAAAGAGCACUGUCGCACCAGGAUACCUGGUCCCCAAGAGCUGCUGGAGAGGGUUGAGCGCGUUUUGCAGCGAUUCCAUUUGGAGUCUGAUCCCGAUGGUAUCCCGCUGUUUAAGCCGUCAAUGUUGACGGUGUGGAGGAUUCAGCGUUUUCACAUCCUCAGAGGCUGCUUGAGUGACCCAGAGGUUGCAGAGGGAAUCCUUUACAGAUAUGGCGGAACAGUGCAGCUCAACCAUGUCAAGGGAGAGGGAGCUACUGUGCCCCUGUGGAUCCCUGUGAGAGGUACAUCACAGCAGGAGGGGUUCCAUUUCCAUCAGGCAAAAUGGGUGACGGGUAACAAGGUCUCCACAGAACUCUUCCAAGCUCAGGGCAUGAUUGGUGUGGCUCGGUGGAAUUUCAAGCGCCUUGUGGACCUGAAGUUGCCUGAUGUGAAGCUGCCUGCAGUCUUUGAUCCAGUACUGAUGAUCGAGCUGAAUAAGCUCUCUGAGGUGCUGACAGGUCAUGCCAAGUACCCUGCCUUGCGUGUUUCACACACUGACACAGGAGAAAGGUUUGGACUCCAGUAUCUAGAACCUGGCUGUCGUCCUGUCCCGCUGGACUGCAGCAAGCACAAGACCCAGAAGGUUCCUGUUGCAGGAGAGAGAGAGCACCACUCCUCAGAACCGUCUCUUCUCAGUGAGACAUUCACUGAAGACCCAUCUGAGGAGACGAGGGAGGAAGGAUGACCUCUUUGGUGUGGCUUCCCUUGGCUCACAUGCAGUGGCCCAACCCUCACAGCCAUUCAAAGUUCUAGUUCUCCCAGUCCCAGUGACGCCACCGAUGCCCAUGUCUGCCUCUCCACGUGCUGCAUGCACAGGUCCAGUCAAGGCAGGCGGCCUACUUUUUGUCCUGGACCAUUCCCGGUGGACACAGCCAAUGAGGGAUGCCAUCGAUGGCCUUCUGGCAAAGCACCAUGGCCAGAAAGACCUCCUCGCCAAGGUGGAUGCAGAGUAUGCUACCCUUGUGCUUGCUGCCUCCAGAGAUUCGAACAACUUGUUAUAUCCGACCACCAAACAGCACAUCUCACGGUAUGUGCAACACCAGGCCAAGCUGAUGAACACAAGUUUGUGUCUGAACACCGGUCCAGACACAAGAGCUGUGGCAUCAUCUCACAGAGGGUAGUGAAACUGUUUGUGUCCCGGUGGUAACCCUCCCACCUGCACCUGUGAAUCCGCCCAGCAGUAAGUCGCAAGAGCCCUCUCUCACAAAGGCUGAAAUGGAAAACCUGGUCAAAGAGCUUGUGCAAAAGCAGCAGCAGCAGCAGCAGCAGCAGCAGCAGCAGCAGCAGCAGCAGCAGCAGCAGCAGCAACAACAACAACAACAACAACAACAACAACAACAACAACAACAACAACAACAACAACAACAACAACAGCAGCCUGUGCCAAAAAAAAGUAGGAACUGUCUUGCAUGUGGCCAGCCUAAGUCCCGUUACCUUGGCGAUGGCUCCUCCAUUCACUUCUUUUACCAGGCAGGAAAGGUAAAGUACUUUAUCGUAAAGUACUGCAUCGGACCUAUGUAGCAGAAGGCCUUACUGAUCCCCUGCAUGGAAUUUCUUGACUUUGCUGCCACACCUUUUUUCAAGAGAGAGCUGGAGGCGGCAAAGCAGCGGUCUGCUGAGUCCAGGCAGGUAACAGAAGAGCGGGGAAAGAGAAAGGCCAUGGAGCAGCUUCCCACUGGUCGCCUGUGUAGGUUCUGCCACAAACCUAUAAAAUAAGGCCCAGGCGGUCGGCAUACACACACUGGGUUCCCUGGUGUGACCGGGAAAUGCGUGUACUGUCCUUCAAAAGUUUUUCACCUGUAUCAGUCAGAGGGGAGGACUUCGGAGAUGUCUUGGGAGGAGUUCUGUCAGUCUCCCUUUUGAGACUGAAAAGAAGAGGUGGGUGGCAGAAAAGGGAAGGUGAUUGGUCCGUUUGGAACACUUAUAGUUAUUCAAUUUGGUUCAUCUUUUAUUAUUUUUUUAUUUUGUUAUGGGUUUUUCUGAUCAGAUGCUGGAAAUACACUACUUUAAAGGUCUACCUUAAUUUACUAAGUUAAUUUCUAUGUCAUUUUUGUUAUUCAUUUAGUUCAUUUUAUCUUAGCUAUUUAAAUUACGCUGUUUAGUGUGUGUGUGUGUGUGUGUGUGUGUGUGUGUGUGUGUGUGUGUGUGUGUGUGUGUGUGUGUGUGUGUGUGUGUGUGUGUGUGUGUGUGU